AUGAAUGAUUUAGAUCUAUUUUCAAAUUCUCCUUCAUUUAAUCUCACGAAUCAUCAACAUGAACCACCAAUUUACAGUUCAACACCACUUGUAGUCGUAGAAAAGCCACCUUCUGCAUCCACAUCAUCUAGUUUUUUUCUUCCUUUAACUGAAAAUACUCAAAAUACUGAACAAUUAAUCAAAUUAAAUGAAGAUCUUUGUUUACUUGGUUUAUUUGAUUUUGUUCCAAAAAUAAUAAAUAUCGAUCAAACUGUAUCUGUAUGUCGCCAAUUAGUUAAAAAUUAUAAUAAAUUAUCACAUGAUAAACAUCUUUUACAUGAAAAUUUAAAAAAAUAUGAAUCUGAACAAAUAAAAUAUGAAAAACGAGAAGAUACCACUAAGCAUGAUAUUGAUUGUCUUCAAGUUACAAAAGAACGUUUAUCAGAUGAUAUUCAACGAUAUAUAACAAAAAUUAAUCAAUUAACACAAAUUAUUCAAACAAAAGAUAAAGAAAUUCGUCGCUUAAAUCAAAUAUUUAAUCAACAAAAUGCAUUAGCUAAACAUCAAUAUAGAACAUUAGAAAAACAAAUGGAUAAAUUAAAAGAAAGAAUUUUUAAUUUUGAAAAAAAUCGACCGACGCCUUCAACAAUAGAUUAUUCAUCUCCGUUAUUAUUAAAUGAAUCAAUUCCAUCAUCCUCAUCUUCGUCAUUAUCUUCUUCUGAAAUAUUAUUAAAAAAAAUUUGUCAUGAUUACGAUCAAAAACAUCGUUUAUUAAUGAUUGAAAAUGAUCAAUUACGUCAGUGUGUUAUUAAUAUAUAUCGACAACUUGAACAUUUAUUACUUAUACAUCGAAAACCAACAGAAAAAUUUAUUGAAAAUAAUCAUAAUGAAGAAUCAUUUGAAACACAAUUAAUGUAUUUACCAUGUGAUGCUGUUAAUGAAAUAGUUCAACGUUAUUUUUCAAAAAUUUAUGAUCAACUUGAUCAAUAUAUGUUACAUGAAAAACCUCUUCAGCAAUUUUCAACAUUUCCAUCGGAAAAUAAAGAUAUUAAACAACAAACAAGUUUACAUGAUCAUUUUCUUCCAUCUUAA